AUGAAGCGUUCCUACCUGAUGCGACGUCCAGAUUCCGAUGAAGAGGAGGAUUAUUACUCUUCAUCCCGAGAAGUAAAAAACAAACCCAUUGAUUCGCGAUAUGCAGCAGCUUUUGGCGGUCAGAAACCUUCGACUUUUGUAAAAGCUAGCCAUCAAAGUCAACAGGAAUUUUAUGGAAAACAAGAGCUGAUGGGACGAAAUAAACAACAGGAAGAGCCAGUUGAAGCUGCAACUUCGUCGAGGAGGCCGCUAACCGCCGAUGAGAAGAAUAAAUUGUCGGCGAAAAUCUUGAAAGCCGAGAUGGCCGGGAAGAAAGUGAGUUUUUUAAAAUUUUUGUUGUUUUGGAGUUUAGAUCACCAUGACAGGAUGAAAUACGCCGCUAUGGGGCUGUGUGAAGCUAGUAAGACUUAUGAUUGUCUUUGAUUUUCCAAGGAUCAACCGUUUCUUCAAAUUUUCGAUGUUACUCUAGACCUUUUCAGGAUAAAGCUAGAAAAUGGAAGAAACAGUUAGAAUCUGGCUUUGCGGACUCAGACGAUGAAGGUUCCAGCAGUAAGCAAGCAGAAACAAAGCAGGACGACUCUGUUUUACUGAUGAAAAUUGACAAACGAACUGGUGUUAUUCAACCUGCCAGCUCUGAAAGCAAGGUAAGUGUAAAAAGGAAUAUAAAAUUUCAGGUUGAAAUUAGAGUUGGUCUAGAUAACAGAGAAGCUCUCUACUUGUUUUGGGGAUAUUUUUUUCCUCUGGUUCGACAUAUUUUUUGUAUAACAUUAUUCAUGAUGGACUUGGUGAUUUCAUGCCAAAUUUUUUAUGUAUUUUGAUGGGAGAUUGGGAAAUCUAAAGGUAGAAUCUGAAAAUUGACAAAAAAUCGUUUAAUUUGAUACAAUAAUUGAGUUUUUAGCUCUACUAAUUUUGAUUUUAUGGGACUUUUUACACCAAGAAGCUCACCUCUAAUUUUGAUUACUAAAACAAUGUAAAAAAUUAUGACCCUUUAUCGGAUGAUUGUUUUCAGAUGUCCGGAGGCAAAGAUCGAACCCACAAAAGUGCCGUGGACAGUGAAUUCAAUCGGGCCGCCAGCUUGGACGACCUAGUCAGAGACGAAAAGAAAAUUUCUUCAGAGGAUCAACUCGCCAUGUUCAGCAGAGCUGCUAAGGUGGGAAAUCACAAUUUUUUGUGUUUUUUCGUCCUGAAGAAGGUGGUUAUUCUAUUAUCUUAUAUUUUAGAUGACCUCCGGCAACAAGGUUGACGAUGAUUGGGUGAUUGAUGACAAUAUUACCAGCUUCAAACAUAAGAAACGCCAUGAAGAAAAGGAUGCCAAAAAGGAACAUUCGAAGAGAGUUGCAGGUCAGUUGAUUUUGAAUAUUUUGAAGAUUACUGUAUUUUUUAUAAAAUACAGUAUGAUUUGA